AUGGAACCCCACGCCCAAACGUCGGAGUUGUCUCAUAAACGGCCUCGGUCUCCCACUGCCGAUCACGGCAUGUCGUCGAAAGUGCCAAAGACGCAUUCAAACCAUCUGCAAAUAAACUACCUCGCACGGCAAUAUCCUGACAACCUACCGCUCGUCUCCGUCGAUGAUACUAUGCCCGCGAUUAUUCAUCUGCUCGGCGAGUACGACGGCGUUCUACACCGCCACGAGAGCAUCGCUGGAAACCUGGGCGCAUGCCCGCUUGGUCCAAUCUUGAUCAAGCGCUUCGAGCGCCUGUUCGAUGGACCGCCACAAGUAUUGAAAUCCCAUGGCAAAGAUGGACCUACCGUGACCUGGCUCGAUGUGGUUGAAUUCGCGAAGAAUAAGCCUGAGCAGUUCAAUCUCGAGAAGUCGCGCAACGGCGUGCGAGUCUGCCAGUUCUAUACCAAGCAGUGUCGCGUGGAAAUCAGCGAGGAGGACUUCGUUUUGAUUGCUUCCGGCAUGCCGCAGAAGAUGAUCCCACCCCAGCCUAUCAUCGAGGACGAGGAAAAGGAGCUGGGCGCGCUGGAGAUUCUGGAGAAGAACUUGCAUCAUAUAAUUCAGAUGGCCGAUCAAGUCUCUGCCCGCGCGAGACAGCUGAACCAUCGAUUGAAGAAUCGCCGCAAUGCUAUUGUCACCCGCCGAGAGAAUGAUGCUUCUCUACAUGCGCAAUCCCGAAAUGUCGCCGAAAUAUGGCGCGAUGCCAACGGUAAUGGCCCAGGAAACGGCCAUGGAUCAUCUCACCCUUCUCCGUCUGGUUUCGUCGCUGUCAACUCUCAUCGUUCCGAGGGCGAGCACACCGAGGAGAAUCCUCUAUCAUCCCAGUUCAUGUUCUCACACACCAAUACCGAUAAUGUCACCAUGAUCAACGGACAAUCGAUCAAAGGUGCUUCCCCAACCACCCGUGCAGACUUGAUGAAGAGAUUUUUCACAACGGCCGACCAUCAUGCCCGUGGCUAUGACGACGCAACAGCCCCAGUCAAUCCUCAACCACCCCCUCGGCCUCGUGCCUCCGACCCAGCAGACUACAGUCUCUACAACCCCACGACAGCAACCCCGGUCGCCAUCCCCAGCACCCCAUCGUCCCUCCUCCCGCCACCAAAAUCAAACCACCAAGAAAAAGAUGAUGGAGGCCCCUUCAAGCUAGAAAUGAUAGCCCGCAUGGAAGAGCUCCAGCGCGGCGAGCGCAACCUCACCGCCUGCGUUGGUUGCACGAAGAAACACGCCAAGUGCUCCUGGCGCGACGUCAAAGAAGACGAAGUCACCGCCAUGCGGGCGGGAAUCACAACCUCGGCGGUAUCCCAUGAGCGCCUCGACAACGACCGCUCCCGAGCAAACCUUACCCCACCGCAAUUCGGUAUGGGUCCACUUCCCCCGAUCUCCGCUGAGCGGGAGCGUCCCCGAGAACCACCCUUUGAGCCCGAGCACCACACCUACUACUAUCAACCUCAAAACCGACGCGAGUCGGCCCCCUCCGCCCCGAACCUGGCCCCCGGAUCUGCGGUUCCGAUGGAGCUCCCUUCAAAUGAUAACUCCCCGCGACGGGCAAUGAGUGAGACGGAGAAUAAUGGCCGCCCUCCUAUCCCUACUGGUCGUGCCUUAUCCCGCAUCGAGGAUGAGGAUCCCGAUGCCAAUCAGCGACUCAGACAGGCUAUUUUGGAUACGGUGGAUCAUCACACACGAGUCGCUGCGGCUGUUCAGGAGAAGGAGCGUGGUGCGGAGCGUGCUGGGGAACAUCUCGUGGUUAUUCCUGCUCCGGGCCCGGCUCCAGCUUCUGGUACUUAUGACCGAGAACGAGAACGUGAGCGAGAGGCUGAUCGUGAUCGUGAUCGAAGUAUGGUACAUGCGUAA